AUGGAGUUGCUUGGAAACAUGGCGACCGUGAAACCUGUGUUGCGGCGAAGUCACACGAAAUCAAAGUUUGGCUGUCAAGCUUGUAAGCAGCGACAUGUCAAGUGUGAUGAGUUUCGACCAACAUGUCACAGAUGCCUCUCGUCAAAGAUUACAUGCAAGUACCCCGACCAGACUGAGGUGGAAGACCCAGACGAAAAGGAGGCCUCAGCUCUGUGGUGGCCGGUAGACAUUGAAAAAUCAUGCGAGCAAUGGAAAGAAUCAGGGGAACCACCGUUUGUAUCGCUGGCACCAUCUCCAAGUUGGCACAACAUGGACAUGAAGGACUUGAAGUACAUCUACAAGAUGGCUUUGGUUGCCAACAUCCUCGACUUGAGCAACACAACUAACAUUUGCCUAUUAUGGGGUGAGAUGGGCGUGCUUUUCCAACUGGCAACACACUACGACUUUGUUGCACAUACCUUGGCUGCUACAUCGGCCCAGCGACUUGCAGUAACCACAAAGUCACACGAGGCUUCUCAGGAUGCAUAUCAAUACCGGAAACAGGCUCUUCACGGACUAUAUCGAGCAAUGGGGUGCUUUUCCAAAGAGAAUGCUGAUGCAAUCCUAGCCGCGUCACUAGGGUGUUCAUAUAUAAUGUCCGACCAUCGCUCCCUGAUGACACUAGCAGGAAACAUCUCUACAGUGGCCACCCGGAUGAAGCCUUGGCUCAAACGGUCGGCCUUUCACCAAAUCUUUACAUUCGAGCCAACGCACUACGAAACCGAAGAGCAAGCAGCCGCAUCUCCACCCGAGACAGGAGACAUGGAACAUCGCUUCGCCCUCAUCAAGACGCUCCUAGCCGAGGGCAUCGGCUCAGUCAACGGCCUAGCUUUUUGCUUCCAGGGCGAUCGCGACCUCUCAGCUGUGCUCCGUCAACUCCGAGACGUCAUGCGGCUCGUCCAUGAACGGCUCGGCUCCGACCUCUCCGCCGAAGACCAAUACCGCCUCGUCUACCCCUUCACCGCGUGGUUCGUCAAGAACUCAGCCGCCUCCUACGUCUCCCUCAGCGCAAAGAACCCGUUCCUGCUAGUCUUCCUUUUGCACAUGUACGCCGUUGUUGUCUCGCUGACAGUAUCCCUGCCGCGCAUCGACGUUCCGCUGUUCGCAAAGUACAGACUGCGAGCGAUUCUCGAAAUCUGCAACAUUUUGAAAAACGAACCGGGCUUCUUGUGCCAGCGGUGUAACGGGUUUCACUCUUAUGAAGAAGUCAUGGCGUUUCCGUUGAAUAGCGUGUCUGUGUAUCAGCAGUUUGGUAGAGAGACGGGUCUUUUAGAAGCAUAG